AAUACUUGCAAAGAACAAGCCCCGAAAGGCUCUGAGUCCGACCACCUUACACAAACACAAAACUCUCUCUCUCUCUCUCUCUCUCUCUCUCUCUAGUUCCAUUCGAAGUCCGUACACGAUGCCUUCCCGUAGAAGAACGCUCUUGAAGGUCAUCAUCCUCGGCGACAGUGGGGUGGGAAAGACCUCUUUGAUGAAUCAGUAUGUAAAUAAGAAGUUUAGCAAUCAGUACAAGGCGACAAUCGGAGCUGAUUUUUUGACAAAAGAAGUGCAGUUUGAAGAUAGGCUCUUCACUCUCCAGAUUUGGGACACAGCUGGUCAGGAAAGAUUCCAAAGCCUUGGAGUUGCUUUCUAUCGUGGUGCAGAUUGCUGUGUUCUUGUCUAUGAUGUUAAUUCUAUGAAAUCCUUUGACAACCUGAACAAUUGGAGGGAAGAAUUCCUUAUUCAGGCAAGCCCUUCGGAUCCUGAAAAUUUCCCGUUUGUUGUCAUAGGAAACAAGAUCGAUGUAGAUGGUGGAAAUAGCAGAGUGGUUUCAGAGAAAAAAGCUCGAGCUUGGUGUGCAUCGAAAGGGAAUAUCCCAUACUUCGAGACCUCUGCUAAGGAAGGCAUUAAUGUAGAAGAAGCUUUCCAAUGCAUAGCAAAGAAUGCUUUGAAGAGUGGCGAGGAGGAGGAGAUAUACUUGCCGGAUGUCAUUGAUGUUGCAAACUCUGGUCAGACAAGGUCAACUGGAUGCGAGUGCUAAGAAUGGUACCUGAUUAUUUUCCCCAGUAAAAACAAUAAACGUGUUUAGACUGCAAACUAUUUUGGCCAUUUUUCUUGGUACUGUAUGCGACUAUACUGUACAUUAGUGUUUGCGGGAAAACAAAUCAGUCCCAAAAGUGUUUGUUGAGUUUUGGUUGUAUUGUGCUUUCUGUUCUUUGUAAUUAUUUGGUACCGCUCUUUGCCCUUUAUUAUGGAAAUCACCAGCAGGAAAGAUUUUUUC